CGGACACCUUCUUCUUCCUGCUGUUCAGAGCAACGGUAGCUGACAGUGACGGAGUUCAGCAGCUUCAGCAAUGGCAGCAGCAGCAGCUGGUGGUGGUGGUGGUGGUGGUGGUAGCGGCAGGUUGCUGAGAGGAGCAACCGCGAAGGCUUUUCAUGGAGACGGCAGCAGCCAUCAUCGUAUGAUGCCAUCGUCGUCGUCUUCGGUGGCGGCAGGCGGCGGCGGCGGCGUGGCUGGGCCGUGCCGCAUCCCGUCCCUGAAGUUCCCGUCGCUGUGGGAGUCGAAGAGGCAGGGCGGCGGUGUCGGCAGCCGCGCGGCGGAGCGGAAGGCGGCGUUGAUCGCGCUGGGAGCCGCCGGCGUGACGGCGCUGGAGAGGGAGCGCGGCGGCGGGGUGGUGUUGUUGCCGGAGGAGGCGAGGAGGGGCGCCGACCUGCUGCUGCCGCUGGCGUACGAGGUCGCGAGGAGGCUGGUGCUGAGGCAGCUCGGGGGCGCGACGCGGCCGACGCAGCAGUGCUGGUCCAAGAUCGCCGAGGCCACCAUCCACCAGGGUGUUGUCAGAUGCCAGUCGUUCACGCUCAUCGGUGUGGCCGGAUCACUCGUCGGAUCAGUGCCAUGCUUUCUCGAGGGAUGUGGUGCAGUUGUGAGAUCAUUCUUCGUACAGUUUCGUGCCCUGACACAGACAAUUGAUCAAGCAGAGAUCAUAAAGCUGCUGAUCGAGGCAAUAGACAUGUUCCUGAUCGGCACAGCUCUUCUCACGUUUGGCAUGGGAAUGUACAUCAUGUUCUACGGCUCCCGGAGCAUUCAGAACCCAGGAAUGCAAGGCGAUAAUUCUCACCUGGGAUCCUUCAACCUAAAGAAGCUGAAAGAAGGGGCCAGGAUCCAGUCGAUCACGCAGGCGAAGACGAGGAUCGGGCACGCCAUACUCCUGCUGCUCCAGGCGGGCGUCCUCGAGAAGUUCAAGAGCGUGCCGCUGGUCACCGGGAUUGACAUGGCUUGCUUCGCCGGCGCCGUGCUCGCCUCCUCCGCCGGCGUCUUCCUCCUGUCGAAGCUGUCGACGACGGCUGCACAGGCACAGCGACAACCACGCAAGCGUACAGCUUUCGCAUGAACACGUACAGGAAUUGCCUUAUAGCUCCGAUUCAUAAUUCAUUUAUUCUUUCAUAUCAAGAUUAGGAAUAGCAAAAAAAAAUGAGUUGCAAAGUGUGUGUUUUUAUAGUAUUCUCUCUUUCUUCACUUGUAAAGAGGGUACGAAGUAGUUUGUACAGAGUGUCAAUAAAGCCUCUCGGGGGAAGAAAGAAAUCUCCAAUUCGGAUA